AUGAAUGAAAGACAAAAGGCUGAAUUAGAAGGAAAUAAAGGAAAAAGUUUAUUUUGCAAGAUUUCACUUAAUGGAUCAUAUGGUUACGAUGCAAUGAAUACACAAAAUUACGCAAAGACUAAAAUAAUGAAUGCACGGAAGGCACGCGUUGCAUGUAUGUCAAAUAAGUUUAAAAACAUAAGAGAAAUAGGUGAAGAUACGUAUCAAGUGAUGCUUAAAGAUAGAUUUUAUAGAUGUGAUACAUGUUUACAAGAGGCAUUCUUCACUUUAGAUAAUGCUAAAUACUGGUAUUUGGUUUUCAUUUAUGAUUUUAUGUAUAAAUGCAUGGAUGUUAAUCGUUUUCAUUUCAUUGAAGGUGAUACUGAUUCAUCUUAUUGGGCUAUUGCUGGCGACCCAAAUCUUCCUAACACUCAAGCAUUUCAAGCAAUUGUUACCGAUAAAAAAUUUUAUGAUAAAAACAUUUACAAAUUCGCACCUUUUGAUUUCUUUUGUUUUAAUGAGAAAUUUAAACCUAAAUUAAAGAAUAAAGCUGAAGAAAAAGCACAUGAGAAGAAGUUAUUGGGUUUAGCAAUUGAGAAACAAGGUGAUAACAUGGUUGCUUUAUGCCCUAAGUGUUAUACAUCAUUCAACGGUUCAAUUGAUGGAAGUGAUUUUAAAAAGAUUGCACAAAAAAUGAAAGGUGUUAGUUUACGACAAAAUAAGCAAUUAACACCUAAAAAUUAUUUGGAUAUAAUAAAUGAUAAAGUGAUAUUUGAUGGUCAGAAUAUUAAUUUACAACUUAAAAACGGGUCAAUGACUCGCUUAACAAUCGGUAAGACUGCAUUAACAGGAGCACACACUAAGGCUGUAUGUUGUGAAAAUGGAUGUUGUAUGCCAUUUAUUUAA